CAUAGCUACUACUGGAUAUAAAUGUGUAAAACAUACUCAGUCAUUGAGUUGCCGCUUCGUGAAAUGUAGACCACCUGGAACGCGUCCCCAUUCUAUGGUACUGUAGUUUGAUGACGCGGUAACUAUACGGAAGUUGUAAACAUGGAGCUCCCCACCGCGGACGGCCUGUCUGCACCUCUGCCUGGAAGAUGUGCUUUUUACGUGGAAAAGAAAAAACGAUACUGCAAAAUGAUAGUUGGAAGUGGAAAAGCAUAUUGUGGGGAACAUGCUAAUGCGGAAAAGGACUGUGAGAAAAAAAGAAUACCAUGUCCUCUGGAUCCAAAACACACUGUAUUCGAAGACCUUUUAGCAAAACAUCUGAAGAAGUGCAACUCCAGAGAGAAACCCAAACCUCUGUUCUAUGUGCAAGAUAUUAAUGCUGGACCAGCCAUUGUUGAGGACACCCCCAAAGAUGAGGUACCUUUAUCAGAUCGCAGCAAAGCAGAGUUGAACCUGCUCAUAAAAAAACUGAAGACUGCCGUCAAAGGGUUCAAAUGCAAACAUGAAGAAAAUAUACAAUCUCACCCUGCUCUCCAUGAAGCUUUGAAUGAUCCAAAGAAUGGGGACUCUGCGUUCAAACACCUGAAGCAACAGGCGUCCCUUUUAGGAAACAUGGAGGAUUUGCACCUGCUUGGACCUAACAGGUGUUUUGUUGAGUUUGGUGCAGGGAAAGGCAAGCUUUCCCACUGGAUCCAUGUCGCUCUGAAAGCCCAUGACGACAUCCAUUUCCUGCUUGUGGAAAGAUCAAGCGCUCGUUUUAAAGUAGAUGGCAAACACCAAAAUUCUGAUACCAAAUUUGAAAGACUACAAGUGGAUAUUCAGCACCUUGAUUUGCGUAAAGUUCCUCUCCUCCAAGAAAAGGGACUUCCAGUGGUUGGAGUGGGCAAACACUUGUGUGGCGCAGCAACAGACCUUGCUCUUCAAUGCCUACUGGGCAACCCGGAGGCUGCGCCCCAUGGGAUCGAAGAUCAGCCACCCAGCAAGCGUUCAAAGCUCCAGCAGCAGCCUGGAGAGUCUACAGGACCGGAGCUACAGCCCAUUCCCAGGGCGGCAGGGGAGACUGCUGCUGGCCAGGAGCUGAGGGUAGGUGGGGUGGCCAUCGCCUUGUGCUGCCACCACCGCUGUGACUGGAGGCAUUAUGUAGGCAAGGAGUUCUUCAAGGAGAAAGGACUAGGUGCCUCUGAGUUCGCUGCCUUCCUGCGCAUGUCAAGUUGGGCGACCUGUGGCUCGAGACAAGCAAGACAGACCUCUCCACCACAAGGUCAAACUGACCAAACGUUUGAGGAAGAGGAGCACGAGGCGACAGAAGAGGCUGAACUAGACAGCUUGGAAGGAGUGUUGAAUGCUGAGGACCGUGAACACAUAGGACGCCUGUGCAAGCUGCUGAUUGACCAGGGCAGGGUUCACUUCCUGCAGCAAAAGGGAUUUGACUCCCGCCUACUCUACUACACCAGCUCAGACGUUUCUCUAGAAAACGUGUUGCUAACUGCACUUCCCGCCUCGCGGUGAAAAUAAAUUCCAUUGACAGUGCAACAUGCGCGGUGCACGGACAGCACAACUCUCUAUUUUGAGCAGUGCUAUUUAUCUUGAUACUUUUCCCUUUUUUUUUAAGCCAAGAAAGCAAGCAACCUGUUUGCAGUUACAGAAAACAGACUGUUAACAGAAGAAAACAGAUUGGCAACAGAAGAAAACAGACUGGCAACAGAAGAAAACAGACUGGCAACAGAAGAAAACAGACUGGCAACAGAAGAAAACAGACUGUUAACAGGGCAAAAAGCUCAGGACAUAGCAGACAAGACUAUGGUUGGAGUCAAUUCCAUUUAAAGUGUAGUCAAUUAAUUUUUGUAAAUUAUUUUAAAAAUGUCCAGGAAAUUUAAGUGGAUUUGACCCCAAUGUUGGACAAGUUAGAUUUCCCAAAAAGAUGAAGAAAUGCUCAGAAGGACAUGCUUGACAAGACCAGGCCGUCACCACACGGAGGACGAGACGCUGUCCACAACGGACAAGGCAGGAACCGACAGAGGCCAACAUGAAUGACUGCUACAGUAGGUCACAAUGACGGUGCAGAUUCUGCCACAGCUUCAAGGAUCACAUUUAGUUCUGAGGUGUAGUUUGACUCAGGUGCUGAAACAGACAUUUCAAAAGGACAGUGUCAUUAAAGAGCAAUUCCGGGGGGGGGUCUACAAAAAUGCAAAUACCUUUUGGCAUGAUUUGUUCCAGGAACAAUUAGUAAUAUCCCUCAUAAAUAUUCAUAGUAGUCAGCAAAUGACAACGUGUCUUGGAAGCUAGCUAGUGAGUCAAACUGCACUAGAUGGCACCGUUCGCUUUGAUACAGAACGUAACGUUAGCUGGAUGAGUUGAGGACUUUUCUCACCUCUUGGACUGUGAGUGGUAACGUUAGCAUGUUUUUCUGCGUGCAUUUAACUGGAAUAAACGUUUCAAUAAGAUGUCAGCUUACCCUGCUAUUAGUCAACAGAUCACCAUACAGUUCAAGUACAUAUUUGUUGGUACAUACGAUUUACACGAUGCAUAUUUAGCAUGGCGUUAACUCUUUUCCGUGCCUCCUGGCAGUAGACGCGCAUGAAAUCUCGGCCAAACAUCUCUCUGUCAUCCUCUUCCUCAUCCUCAGAUUUCUUCGGGGCAGCAGGCAGCUCCACUUCAUAUGUUAGAGGGUUGUCUCUGAAAUUCACAAACCUGCAAGUAUAGCGAACAUGAUGAAUGAAGAUUAAUUUGUUUUGAUAUAAAAUACAUUGGUGGAAAUCUUUUGCUAGUUUUAAUAUGAAUAUAAAGCAUUUGUAAAUACAA